AUGGUGGAUGAUGAUGGUCCGAAGUUCACGGGGAGUUUGAUUGUAGGCAGCACAGCAAAAUUGGACAGCAGUGCCAAACAGGUUCGAUCUCGGAGAAAGUCGACGACCGCAGAUGCGAAGGGUGCCGUCUUGGAUGGCAGGCGCAACAGCUUACGUUCGGAACUUGCAGUUGCUACAGUUACUGUAGAUGUUUGGGGAUCGCAGUUCUUUCCUUACGACUUGCAAGAUGGUGGUGGUGGUGAUGAUGAUGUUGACCGUCCUAAUCAUGGCUAUCACUUUCACCACGCUGCUUUCAACACACUGGCACCUGAGAGGCGACGCAUCUCCGUCCUUGAGCAACAGGUGGAGCAACAGGCCCGGCACAACCUCGAGGAGCUGCGGCGGGAAAUUGCUGCAGAGGAGAAGGCACUGGCAGAGGAGCACAAGACGGUUCUGGCGGAGGCAUCACGACGCUCCAAAGAGGACGAAGCACUGAACGCCCAGGAGCAGGCGUGGCUGAAGAAGGAGGCGGCCGCUUUCCGAGCAAGGACGGCUGGAGCCGAAGUCGCGGCAGCGACCGUUGCGCUCCCAGGUGGUGCGGCGGAGGCGACCGCUGCUGCAGCGGCCGCUGCUGAAGAGGCAGCCACGAAAGAAGGCCUCAGCCCGCGCUCGGCCGCGGACUGCGGAGUUGAUGCAGCAUCUGCAGCUGCCGAGGACUUGGCCCUGGUACAGGGUCGCGGCACCGAAGACGCCGCGGCAUCAGCUGCGGCGGCUACCAUUGCGGUGCGCGCAGCCCAGGCAGAGAGCUCUGCAAUUGAGCGGCGCGCUCACUUGGAGCAGCGGCUGCGGCGACACAAGGAGGCCGCAGAUCUGAAGCAUCAACUGAAGGAAGCCUUGGCAGAGAAAGAAAGGCUAACACUCGAGAAGAUCGGCCUGGAAGUGGAACUUGAGUCGCAGACAAAGCGCUGCGAGCAG